UCUUGUGCACAUUCUGUUACCUUUCCUUUAUCCAUCCCGACAGGGUUUUGCAGGAGAAGAAUGAACAUGUCUACCAAAGUCUGCAGAAGACCGCAGUGAGGACGGGAUCUUUAGGAGAAGACUUCAUUAACAGCCAAAAACUUUUGGAGACAGAGCUGCAGAAGACAAAGACUGAGCUGAGCAACCUCACAAUGAGGUUCAUGGGCCUUCAAGCUAGCUGUUCCUCUACGCAGCACUCAAAUGAUCUCCUUCAGAAAAAGCUGUCCUUAGUGACUCAAAGUAUGGAAGAUGAACGGGAGAGGUUGAACAUACGUAUUUCAGUACUUACCGAGAAGCUCGCUGAUGUCAAACUCCUAAACAGUGACACAGAAAUCAUCAGUAAAACAUUGUCCUCACACCUCAACACCAGCAUCCAUUUCGAGUCAGAUGAACUAACCAAUCAGAUGGUCCAUCCCGUCACGCACCCUCCAGCUCAGUUCACCGACGACCAUGACUAUGAUAAGCCUAAGGUUGUGGGGCAGGAGCAGUCUCUGCGGUCAGUUCCGGAGGAGGAGGAAUCUGACUGGUCAGAGAUGGGAGAAGAGACACCACGACUGAUGCUGAGCAGGACAUCCAAUAGAAAUGCAGCAUGGAGAAACCAGGAAGUAGAUUUGGGUAAUGUCAGUGGUUCAGCGAGUGAGGAACUGGUUGGAGGACACGCUGCCCAAAAACCUCACCUUCACUUUACAUUCCAUGGUGAAGUUCUACCCUCACUGCCAACCAGUACUCGCCAAUCUGACCUAAAAAGCCCAUCUGAGGGUUUGACCUGUGAGAGCAAUUACAGAAUCACAUCAAGUCCAAACCUUGGUUCUUCGAUCUUGAUUCGAUCGGCCAGUUUGGGGGAAAUGCCAGUGGUAAACCAGCGACUGCAACAGGAACUAAAAAGCACGGAGGCCAUGAUGGACCUUUACCAGCCGGGCUCUGAGGUGAUGGAGGAUUUAGAUGGUCACAUCAUUCAUAAUUGGAAAACAAGCAGUUGCGUACAAGCAGCUACUGCGAGUUCAAUGGAGGCAAAGGGCAGCCUGGUCGGCCUGCAGUCAGCCGAGCAGAUGCUGAACAGUUUAAUCGCUGAAACACAGCCAAGUGAGGGGAAACGUGAGGACAGGGCUGAGGCGCUUGGUUGGACUGGAGGGAUUCCAGAUGAGGUUUUGAAAUUGGAGUGGACAAAGCUGUAGACGCACAACAGAGAAUCCCUGCAUUGUGGUAGAAAAAAAAUAUAUGUGUAUUUACCUAUAAUAUCUGGAGACAACACAUGUUAUUUCGCUUACUGUAUUUUCCGGGCUAUGAGUCUAUGAGACUCUGAAGUAUAAGUCACUGUAGCCAAAAAAAAUGCAUAAUGAAGAAGUAAAAAAAACAUAUAGGCUAUAAGUCGAAAUAUAGGAGUAUAUUUAAGUCGAACAGGCCAGAUAGAGUGCCCUCUAGCGGCUGUCAGUGUGAAAAUAACGAAUAUGUACAUUUUCAGUUGUACAGAAUUAGCAGAUUCUGGUACACAAGCCUAGAGUGCCCUCUAGAGGCUA